AUGUGUAUUAUUUAUCAACGAAUUCAAUCUUCAUUAUUAAUUGAAUUUUUUCAAUUAUAUAAAAAUAAAUUAAAACAAAUUAAAAAUGAUUUAUUAGUUGAAAAUUAUAAUAAUUAUUUAAAUCGAUAUGAUUCUAUUGAUAUCAUUGAUAUUUUUUAUCAAUUAAAAUUAGAAUCAUCUAUUGAAACAAUUAUUUUAUCAAUUAAUAAUAUUAAAAAUGAUAUUGAUCGAUUAUUUUUUGAAUAUUUAUUAGAAUUAUCAUCACCAUCAUGUUGUAUUUAUGAUGUCAAAACAAAAUUGAUAACAAUAGAAACAAAAGAAAAUUUAUUUAAAUUAAUUAAUACUAGAAAGAUACCGGUUGAAUCAACAAAUAGAAAAAAUUCUGUAAAACAUACAUUAUGUACAUAUUUAUCAUUGUUGUUGGAUAUAGGUAAUGAGCACGCACUUCUACAAUGUCUUACAACACCAGCAUACAAUGGUAUUGAAUGUAACACAAUUACUGAAUUGAGACGUUUAUCAAAGAAUGAAUGUUCAUCAAUAUAUCAAAUUCUUCUUUCAUUUCUUCGACGUAAAGAAUUAAUAUUAAAUCAUAUAUCAUCAUCACAACUAGUUUUAAUAAAUAAUGAUGAUAAAUCAUUUCAUCUACUUGAUAAAUAUUAUAUUGAUACAUCAAUUAAUCAAAAUGAUUUAAUAAUAAAAGAAAUUCUCGAAGAAUUUUAUCAAUCUUUUCAAACAAUACAUUCAUUUAUGACUUGUACAACAUCAAUUCGAUCUGCAUCAUCUGAUGCUACAUUAGCUAAUCGUCGCUUUCUUCAGUCAAUCGCUUAUUUAUGUGCUAAACUAAUAGUAGAUUCACCUGUAUUUAUUGAAAAUAAUGAUGAUUGUGAUAUUUUAUCAACUAAAUUACUAACAACGAUUUCUUGUCUUUUACGAAAUCCUUUGAGAUUAUCAUAA